GGGGGCUGCAGGAGGAGAGUGUGUAUUGGGGGGGGUCUCUGGGAGGGAAUCCCCCCACGCCCAGCAGAGCCCAGAGGGGAGAGGCAGGGGGGAUCCAGCUGCCUCGGGGGCCGCUCCUUCCCUUCCGACCGCUCCCAUUCUCUAUGGCCCAGGAGGAACGCGCAGCCUGCGGCUGGUCACAGAGCGCUAAAUCCCUCUCCCUCCCUCCCAAAGGCAGCCCAGGGGUGAGGUGGGGCGCAGAAGAGCGGAGGGGGCGGGCUGGGAGCCGUUUGCAAUGCAGCCCCACAGUACCUUUCUCUCUCUCUGCCCUCCCCAACAUACGGGGGGCAGCAGAGGGGGUGUAAAGCUUUGCGCAUUCUCGCCUGAAGGAGUUCCUUGGGGAGAGGGGCCUGGCCCGGGGGCAGGUUUCCUGGGCGCCAGCAAGCCCCUUCCCCGAAAGGCCACCCUUUUUCAGAGCACGCUGGCGCCCUCUCUUGCUGCUGUGGGCUCGCUUUUGCUUGCACAGUGUUUUUUCAGCUGCAAAAAUGAUGGGACGAUUCCCCUCCCCCCUGCACACACGCACCUCCCCCCCCCCGCACAUAGACCCUUUUGACGUUUCCUGGACUUGGACACGUUUCAUUACAUCUUAAUUCCUGAGCCAGCAGCAAGGGGACCGCUGAGAGAAGCCAGCCAGCUGCUGGGUCGCAGAGCAACCACGAUGGCCGCCAGCAGGCUGCUGCGAGGUGCCCAGCUUGGUGAUGUGCUGUCCGUCGUCAUGGUCUGCGUGAUGCUGAUAUGGACUGUCUCCUCGCAGCAUGAAGGCUUUCAUGGCCAUGCGCACGAGAACUUCCACCACGGCCACACGCAUGAGGAUAUUUGGCAUGGACACAGCCAUGCGCAUGAGGACCACCAUCACGGACACAGCCAUUCGCACGGUGACCAUGGACACUCACACGGGGAUUUGCACCACGGGCACAGCCACUCACAGGCGGACCCCCAUCACGGACACAGCCACAGCCACUUCCACGAGGAUUCUCACCAUCACCUUCACGGCCACUCGCACGAGGAUCAUGCCAGUGGCCCCAGCAAGGCCAAAUCCUUCCCUGGGCAUCAGAAGUCUCCCCCGCAGAGGAGAGAAAGGCUGCAGCCGCUGCAGCUGUGGACUUACGCUCUCGGUGCCACCCUCCUCAUCAGCGCCGCUCCCUACUUCAUCCUCUUCUUGAUCCCUGUGGAGUCAAACACUUCCAAGCACCAGGCCCUCCUCAAACUCCUGCUCAGCUUUGCCUCGGGGGGGCUCUUGGGGGACGCCUUCCUGCACCUCAUUCCUCACGCUCUGGAGCCUCACUCCCAUCACGAGGAAGGCGCCGGACACUCCCACACGAAGGCGCCCGGCCACGGGCACUCUCACCAGGGUCCGGAGCACCAGCACAUGAUGUCUGUCGGGCUCUGGGUCCUUGGCGGCAUCGUGGCUUUCCUGGUCGUGGAGAAGUUUGUCAGGCACAUCAAGGGAGGGCACGGGCACCACGGACACAGCCACGCUGCCAAGGCCAAGUGCAGUGACGACGAGGGGGAGAAGGAGCCCCUCCGGGGAGGGUCUGCGGGAGAGAAGGCCGCCGCCACCUCCAGGAGGAAGGAGAAGCCCCCUGAGUCUGCCAUGCGUGUCGCUGGCUAUCUGAACCUGGCCGCCGACUUUGCCCACAACUUCACGGAUGGGCUGGCGCUGGGGGCCUCCUUCCUGGCGGGGGCCACCGUCGGAGCCGUCACCACCCUGACCGUGCUGCUGCACGAGGUGCCCCAUGAGGUGGGCGACUUUGCCAUCCUUGUCCAGUCCGGAUGCAGCAAGCGGAAGGCGAUGAAGCUGCAGCUGGUGACGGCUGUGGGGGCGCUGGCGGGCACAGUCUGUUCCCUUCUGGCGGAAGGUGUGGGCGAGGCGGCCACCGCCUGGAUCCUCCCCUUCACAGCCGGGGGCUUCAUCUACGUGGCCACCGUCUCGGUGAUCCCAGAGCUCCUGCAGGACUCGGGGCCCGUCCAGUCCCUUCUGGAGGUGCUGGGCCUGGUCGGGGGCGUUGGAAUGAUGGUCUUCAUCGCCCAGUACGAGUAGGGAGGAGGCGGCUGUUGGCAGGGCAGGCGGCAGUUCAGGGAGCACAGAUAUGGGACCAACAACACCCCUUCCCACGAGGGAGACGGAAGGAUAGGCAGGCAGGCAGGCAGCGUGCACCCGAGAGAGUCUGUGGCUCCCACUUUGCUUUGCUGUACUUGAGUAGAAGCCGAGAGUGGAAUCGGAAGAGUCCUGCCGUUCUGCCUUAGCCCCACUGCCCACACCUUGCUUUUCGUCCCAGGGAGUCAUACUUCUUCCCUGCUGUGCACCUCCACUCCUCCAGGGGGCACUGCGUGGAGUAGUGAGAGGAGGAGGAGAAAACGACCGGUCUGGUACUGAAGAGGGCCCGCUCUCCUGUCCUACUUGGAGAUGACGGGACGCUCCUUCCUAUGAGGCACUGAAGGAAGUGGGGGGCAGGGGAGAGAAUUUUAGUACCAGGGUUCCUCCUGGCUGCUAUGAUGAGGCUUUGUGUGUCUGUGUCCAUCCUCCUGACCCCUAAUUAUUGGGGACUGAAGGCCCAGAAGAAAGGACCAAGUAAAUAGAAGUAGAAGUGGACUUUUGUGUGGAAAUAAUGCUGACUCGGGGAGGGGGAUCAGUAGAAAUCAUGGUUCCGGACAGUGGGGGUGGGGUGGGGUGGGGUGGGGGGCUUAGUGGCUGGCAUCCAAGAAUGGAAUUUGCUGUAGAGCAGGAUUUUGUCAACUAGGCUAGUGGUGGUAACUUGGGACCCUCCCCCCCAAGUGCAGCAGAGGUGCACCAAAUACUAAGGGCUGCUUAGGGGUGUCUGUGUCUUUCUGCUGCUGUAAAAUGCAACUCUGGGGGGAGGUGGGGGGGUCUGUUCUGACUGCUGACAAUGUGGAGGAAAUCCUGAUUUAUACUCUGGGAAAGGCAGGGUGGGUGCAAAGGGAGUUUCUGUGUACACUUGUUUUAUAUAUUUCCUUGAGGGUGUUUUUCUUUUUUUGCAUUUUUGUAGAGUGGAGGGAUAUUAUUUGGGGUGAUGAUGGUUAAUGGGCUGUGGGGGGAAAUGUGUAAAGUAAAAAAUUGUGUCUGUAAUUAAAACUGAUUUCAGCCCUGAAA